AUGUCUUUUCAUUGGUUUUAUUUCACAUGGCUAUUUCUCAUGAUUGGUUUGAGAAUAGAGCUAUCAAAUGCUCAAAUUCAUAAAAGAUAUGGCAAUAGGUUAUAUCCUUACAAGACAAUAGUUGUUGAUCCAAAGAGAAGAGGAUGUUUUUCCACUAUACAAUCUGCCAUUGAUUCUAUACCUUCAAACAAUAGGUAUUGGACUUCCAUUAAUAUCAAAGCAGGUUACUACAGGGAGAAAUUGACGAUUCCAUAUGAUAAGCCUUAUAUCAUUAUUCAAGGAGAUGGAAUGAGCAAAACUUUGGUUGAAUGGGAUGACCAUGCAAACACUAUGCAGAGUGCUACGUUUUUUACUAUGGCUGACAAUAUUGUAGUCAAGUAUAUCACUUUUAAGAACUCAUACAAUGAUCCAGAAAAACGUAACCCAUGGUUACCUGCCGUAGCCGCAAUGGUAAGUGGUGACAUGUCAUACUUCUAUGGCGUUGGCUUCUUAGGUUUUCAAGACACUUUGUGGGAUGAUAAUGGACGACAUUACUUCCAUAAUUGUUUCAUCCAAGGUGCCGUCGAUUUCAUAUUUGGUGCCGGCCAGUCUUUAUACGAGGGUUGUACGAUAUCAGUUAUUGCUCAAGCAUUAGGUCCAGGAGUACCUGGAAUUAUAACAGCGCAAGGGAGAACAAAUCCAAAUGAUGCAAAUGGGUUUGUUUUUAAGCAUUGUAAGAUAUAUGGAGAUGGAACAACAUAUUUGGGAAGACCAUGGAGAGCUUAUGCUAGGGUUUUUUUCUACAAUAACAAUAUGUCCAAUAUUGUUAACCCUCUUGGUUGGGAUCCAUGGAAUUUUGUUGGACACGAGGAUCGUAUACAAUUCUCGGAGUAUUUAAAUUAUGGAUAUGGUGCUACCACAAACUAUAGAGUGAAAUGGACUAAGAAUUUGGAUAUGAAUACUAUUAAUACAAUGGCAAGUCUUAGUUUUAUUGAUAAUGAUGGAUGGCUUCAAAAUCAACAAUUCUAA